GCUGGGCUUCCUUACUUUGACAGAAGCUCCACAGAGACGGAAACAUCUGCUGCAGCUUUUUGUCACUGCCUCUGCUCUGCCUCUCAGUCAUGUUGUCCUUGGCCGCCCACUCGCUCUGUGUCAGGGCCACCGGUUACCAACAAAGCCUGCACUCCAUAGCAACUGUCAUCUCCGGGAACAAAACGUCCAAAAUAGUGAGGGAGAGACUGAAGAAGGAGGUGGAGAAGAUGGCGAGUCAGUUCUCCGGGUUCAGACCGGGCCUGGUGGUCCUGCAGGUGGGAGACAGAGAUGACUCUAACCUGUACAUCAGCACCAAACUGAAGGCUGCAGCUGAGGUUGGAAUUGAAGCCAAACAUAUCCGGCUGCCGAACACAACCACGCAGGACGAGGUGCUGCACAGCAUCAUGUCUGUGAACGAGAGCGCGUGCGUACACGGUCUGAUCGUGCAGCUGCCAUUGGACUCCGCAAACUGCAUUGACACUGAGUUCGUCACCAAUGCUGUGUCCUCGCAAAAAGACGUAGAUGGGCUGAGCUGCAUUAAUGCAGGUAAACUGUCUCGAGGAGAUCUGAAUGACUGCUUCAUCCCCUGCACCCCCAACGCCUGCAUGGAGCUCAUCAGACAGACAGGCGUGUUUGUGGCGGGGAAGCACGCGGUGGUUAUUGGUCGCAGUAAAAUCGUUGGCGCUCCGAUGCACGACCUGCUGCUGUGGAACCAUGCCACUGUGACCACCUGCCACUCAAAGACACCUGACCUACCUGAGCAGGUGGGCCGGGCUGAUAUCCUAGUGGUGGGGGCCGGCAGAGCAGAGAUGGUGAGAGGAGAGUGGGUGAAGGAGGGUGCCGUGGUCAUUGACUGUGGAAUUAACCAUGUCCCCGAUGAGACAAGGCCCAGCGGUAAGCGAGUGGUUGGAGACGUUCACUACUCCUCCGCCAGUCAGAGAGCAGGAUACAUCACACCUGUUCCAGGAGGGGUGGGGCCAAUGACGGUGGCCAUGCUCAUGGAGAAUACGGUGCAGAGUGCUCAGCGCUUCCUCCUGAAGUUGAGGAGAUGAAACAUCGACACUGACGGGCAGACAGCUGUGGACAGGUGAACAGCUCAUACACAGAGAUGACAUCGUCAGAAUGAAAGCAGAAACACUUCUUGUUUCAGAGGCUGAACUCGUCCGUAUUUUUUCUUUUGUCUUAAUUUUUUUCUGUAAUUUAUUUCCUGAUCUGAGAGAUUUCUGACGUCUGUCAAAGUUUGACUGUGACUCCAGCAGGACCUCAGAGUUCAGACGCACUGAGCUCGAUGAGGCUGUGGGUGCUGCGCUUUCCUGCAGUAUUAAACCAGGUGUAAGUACAUGCCCAGCAUUUAUUUAUUUUCAUUCUUUUGUUACUUUGAUUUUUAAAUAGUAAAAAUCUUUUACCUUCUUGUAUAAAAAAAUCUCUGACAGUAACAGUUUCUGUACUUUCAGUUUAAAAGAAGUGAUGGAUAAGAACUCCGUGGGGCUUUU